AUGGCACAAGAGGCCGGGGUCCAGGACGUCUUUUCUGGCGCAGAUGCACUUGCGGCCGACGGCUGCUUCGUCGCCCUGUCAGAUGCACCAUUGGACGUCGUUUCUGUUCUGCAGCGCGUACGAAGCCCCAAAGCCGGCGCCAACGUCUUGUUUGCGGGUAUUAUUGCGUCCCCUCUCGUCGUUCUCACUGCACUGCCUCGUCUCGCUCCCCGCUCGACCCGCGACAGCUUUGGUGACCGCGCGGUGGCGACACUCCGUUACGCCUCGUACCGCCCGCGGGCGCUGCGCACAAUGCUGUCGAUUGCGCGCGACGUGUACGCGGCCCACGACCUUAUCGGCAUCGCAGUUGUGCACCGCCUGGGUCCUGUGCCGAUUGGCGAAGACAGCAUCCUGAUUGCGGUGUCGGCGGCGCACCGGCGGGCGGCGUGGCGGGCCGGUGAGGCGUGCUUGGAGCUGGCCAAGGAGCGGCUGGAGGUGUGGAAAGAGGAAGUGUUUGCGGCAGAACAGGAAGGGCAAGGAGGCAACACGGGCCAAGGACCUGCCGAGGGCGAGAGUGUCUGGCGGGCAAACCGCGACCCGACAUCAGCAGCACCAACCAUUGCCAAAUCAGCGUCGACAAACGCUUAG